AUGGCCUCAAGCUCAAAGGAUGUGUACUUGGUUAUCGGUGGCAGCGGUUUCCUCGGCCGACAUGUAGUGGAAGCUCUGCUCGCGCGCGGCGACGCCGUUUCCGUUUUCGACAUCGUCCAGCGGCAUCACGACGUCCCGUUCUACUCUGGAGACAUUAGCGAGGAGGAGCAAGUCUCGGAUGCGCUGCGCAAGAGCGGUGCGACAUGCAUCAUCCACACCGCAUCACCGCUACACGGCAUGGACGACCCUGCACUGUACUGGAAAGUAAAUGUGGACGGCACACAAGCUGUCAUCAACGCCGCCGUUGCAAAUGGCGUCCCCAAACUUGUCUACACAUCCUCGGCAGGUGUAGUGUUCAACGGACAGGAUCUCAUCGACGUUGAUGAGCGUAUACCACAACUGGAGAAGGCCAUGGACCCCUACAAUGAGUCGAAGGCCAAGGCGGAGGAGAUCGUGCUUGCGGCGAACGGGAAGGGCGGUCUUUACACGGUCGCGUUGCGUCCAGCAGGAAUCUUCGGCCCCGGCGACCGCCAGUUCCUCCACGGCCUCUUCCAGGUGUGGCAGCGCGGCCAGAGUCACAUUCAGGUCGGCGACAACACCAACCUCUUCGAUUGGACGUACGUGGGCAACUGCGCUUAUGCCCACCUGCUCGCCGCGGACCGCCUCGGGCCCUCCUCCCCAGAGGAAAUUGCAGCAAUGCGCGCCAGCCUCGCCGCCGCCCUCCCGCCCGUCAGUGCAACGCUGCCGCGGCGACGGAUCCCCACGUCGCUCGCACGCCCACUUGGACCCUACGUGACCCCACCCCCCGACGCGGACGCGAUCCGCGCACGCUGGGAGGACCCUGAGUACGAGCCCUCGGUGCCGCGGCCAGCGGUGCGGGGCAAGUUCGAUCAGUUCACGGAGGCUGCGCUCGCGCGGGAUGGCGAGGGCUCGCUGGCCGUCGCCGGCCAGGCGUUCUUCAUCGCGAAUGGGGAGCCGGUGGCCUUCUGGGACAUGCCGCAGCUGGUGUGCAAGUUCUUCGACGAGCACUUCGAGCGGCCGAACAACAAGCGGCGGCUCGUCCUUCCCCAGGCCGUCGGUCUCGCGCUCGCCAGUGCGGCAGAGUGGUGGGCGUGGCUGAUCGGGAAGGAGCCGGGCUUUACGCGGUAUCGGGUUACCUUCAGCUGCGCGUGGCGUUGUUUCAACAUCGAGCGGACGAGGAGGGUGUUGGGAUACGAGCCGCAGGUGGGGCUCGAGGAGGGUCUGAAGAGGACUUUUGAGUGGUGGGUGGCCGAACGCGCGAGGAACGCGGAGAAGAUUUCGGAGAAGAAGGCGUAA